CGUGUGGCUCAGUGAACAUUUGGCAACCAUAUAGUAAGCCACGCAAGUGAAGGUGAACCGCGUCGCUCGACGUAGAUACAUCAACACGAGUGAUUUAUACGAUACAUAACUUUGAGGCGUUGGCGUGUCAUUAUAGUGUUCUUAGUAUUUCGUGAAUUAUAUUUUCGGGAUUUAUAUAUUCAUAUAAUUAUACCGAGUGAUUAAGAGGCCCUUCCCUACAAGCAAAAUGUUUUGCCAAAUGGAAGAGCAGAAUUCCCACAUCACUAAACUCAUGGAAGAAAACAGGCGUUACAUCAGAGAAAACGGGAAACUCAAAUCCAGGACGAGAGGCGGGGUUGUCAACAGUGCCAGCAACUACACCGAUGGCUUCGGCAGCGCCAACAAUUCUGCCAAUGACUUCAACAGUGCCAGCACCUAUAGUGACGGGUUUAGCAACGCCUAUUCGCAACAGACCAACGCAGGCGACUUGGAAGACAGGCUUCUGGCACUGCAGUUGCAAAACAGCGAGCUUGCCUUGUGUCUCGAGAGGGAAAAGAGAAUGAGAAGGGAGGCGGAGACGAGGCUAGAGAGAGACGAAGGCUAUAUCAAGAGACUGGAAGAUAGUGUACAGACUCUGCGAGGCACCCGAGUCGUCAUGGACCCCAUCACCUACAGGCAGGUCGCCGAGGCCUACAUCGCCGCCCGCCGGACGCCCGCACGCCGCCCGCACACCCACACGGGCGUCCCCGGGUCGCACCUUGUGUGCGAUGGCUCGGCCGCUGAGACCAACCAGAGGCUGUCCCACCCCGCGAUGCACACGAAUAGCACCACCUGCGCCUCCUCAUCUUCGUCCUCUUCCCUUCCCUACUCCACUUCGUCCUACCUCCCGGACACCGAGUCCUCGUACCUUUACCCUUCGUCGGCCUCGUCGCAGGAGGCGGUCGAAGGAAGCUCCUCGCUGAAGGGCCACUCCAAGAAGAAGGCGCGAGCCUUUCCUCCGCAAGAGCAUCUCUCCAUAGGGUCGAGCACGAGCGUCAACGGAAGCAUGAAUCCCUGGGACUACCAGCAACUCCUCGAAAGCCUUGAGGAUCUCAACGGGGGAAAUCGCGGUGCUUUGUCCUGAAGGAGUGAUGUGACGACAGCUCGAUCCUACACCGAGUCCGGAGGAUGACUAGGAUGACUCUUCUUCGGUUGCUUCUCUUUCUCUGGAUAUUCUGGAGAAAGAGUGAGAGAGAACAAGAGAGGGACGUUGACUUAUGCGAAGAUUAUUUUUUUUUACUCUGGCGCUGUUUCCCGAGAGAUUCAGCUGCUCUGAGAGUGAAGUGAUAGAAGGAAGAGAUGGAAUUGAUGUAACGAUAAUAAUAAGGAAAAGAGUACCAUGGGAACACACUGCCAUGCUGAACGUGUGCGUUUGAAUGCUGUGAUGUAGUUGUCACAUCAUUUUUGCAGUGCCAUGAAGUGUUGGAACCGUUGCCAAGGAGUGCCUGACUCUCUUUUCGGAGGUGCUAGACAUGAGAGGGGAAACCUGGGGCUUAUUUUGGUGCUGAUUCUCACCUUCAUCACGACACUGGUGAAUGAUGCUCACUUAAUAUAAAUGUAUGUGCCUCAGUGUGUGUUUGUGUCUACAGUAAGACAUGCAAACACAUGUAUCUCAUAUCAUGUGUAUAUAUACACAUUCAUCACUUAAUGUGUUUAUGCACUUAUUUUUUUCUCUAAACAUGUCAUAAACUUGGAUAUUGUCUCCCUCGUGAUUAUUACCUACUUAUUGAGUCAAUUUAGUCAAGAGUACCUAGUUAUCUGACUCAGGUACCUAUUGAUGUUAGAUCCCCAAAGGAUAUUCAAUUUCCUUGUGCCAAAAACAAUAUUCCUUCUACGGUGCUGCGUGACUUUUCAUCACAUAUUCGAAGGAUUGGUCAGGUCCUUUUGUAGAUCUACAAGAUUAUUGUGUUACUUGCUUGGAAAUAUUAAAUUAUUGGAAAUAUAGUUUUUUUGCCUUUUAAAUAUAUUCCUUAUUAAGUAUCCCCAUAAUGAUGGUUCUGUAAGCAUUUUGGACUUUUAUAUUGAGUGACAAAGAUGCAUUCUAUUUUUUAUUGAUAUUAAAGAUAGUCAUGAGAGCAUUAAAAGCUAUGUUAGUGAUACGAGCGCUAGGACCUUUGAAAUCCUAGUGGGAUUUUAUACUGCACAUGAAAAUGAACAGAUCAUCGAGGCAGAACUUUAACAAGAAUGUAUCAAGUGUGGCGUGACUCGAAAACCUAUUUAGGGAUUUUGUUCUGUCAGUCUCCCCAGGCGUAUGAACUAUACAAGAAAUGUUUGAACUAUAGAUGCAGGCCUAUUCACAAAGCAGGUAUUUCGACUUCCGAUCUUACACAUAACAAUUUCACCUUUCUAAAGAAAGUGAAACUAGUCAUUUCGAUUUAGACUCAUAUAUGUUAUAGAGUGUGGAUUAAAUCAAUUUAUAUUCCUACAAGACUGUUGAAAAAACACAGUGAAUAAUCCCAAUUUUUAAAUUGUAAACGUAAUAAAAGUUAUUUAGUUAA